CGGGCCCGACCCGGCGGCUUCGGCGGCGGCGGCUCCGGCAGCGGCGGCGGCGGCGGCCCGGGCGGCCCGCAGGGAGCGGCGAGCGGCCUCCAGCCGGCGAAAGCAGGCACCGGCGGCUGGAGCGAGCAGGGCGCGCGCCGGACGCCCGGGGCAGGCGGCAGCGGCGGCCCAGCGCCAGGACGACGCUGCGCAGCGCCCGACGCGGACCACUUUCAUGCUGAUUCCCCCGGACCCGGGCAGCGCUCCGGCCACUCCGCGGGCCGCCGGCCUCCGCCCCGGCCUGCCCGGCUCCCUGGGCGCGUCCGCGCCCGGCGCCUCCGCUCUCCUAGUCCUCCUGAUUUCGAUGGCUUUCCUGAAUGGCUGACUGUGGGCUGCCCUGGACUUGGCCCCCGGACAGUCGCCUCUCCUCCUCCUCUUCCUCCUCCUCUUCCUCCUCCGCCAACUCCUCGGCUGCACACUAGCUCUGAGAGCGAGAGAGUGAGCGAGAGAGGGAGGGAGAGAGUGAGAGCAAGCGAGAUCUUUGGAGAGAUUUUUUUUUUGCCUCCUACUUCUGUCUUGAAGCCAGACAAUCGACUUGCAGCUCUCCCUCCCCUCCCUCUCUCUCCACGCUCUGCUCCCACUCGCUCUCUCCCGUCCCCUUCCCCUCCCCUGCCGGCGGAAAGCCCCCCGAAACCAACAAAGCUGAGCCGAGGGAAACAAACAAAACAAACACACCGGGCCAGGCAAGCAAUCGACAAAACUUUGCAAAAGCAAAACAAAAAAGGAAAAACUAACCAACCUCAACCAACCAGCCCCCGAGCCACCCGGGGCGCCCUCCCGCGCCCUCGCACCCUCGCACACACAAAAGGCGGCGCGCCGGAGCCCGAGACCCGGGAGCCGCCGCCGCCCGCAGCCAGGGGAGCAGGAAGUCCGGACGCGGCCCCCAUAGAUAUGGCAAUGGUAGUCAGCACGUGGCGCGACCCCCAGGACGAGGUGCCCGGCUCGCAGGGCAGCCAGGCCUCGCAGGCGCCGCCUGUGCCCGGCCCGCCGCCCGGCGCCCCGCACACACCACAGACGCCGGGCCAAGGGGGCCCGGCCAGCACGCCGGCCCAGACGGCGGCGGGCGGCCAGGGUGGCCCGGGCGGCCCGGGCAGCGACAAGCAGCAACAGCAGCAACACAUCGAGUGCGUGGUGUGCGGGGACAAGUCGAGCGGCAAGCACUACGGCCAGUUCACGUGCGAGGGCUGCAAGAGCUUCUUCAAGCGCAGCGUGCGGAGGAACCUGAGCUACACGUGCCGCGCCAACCGGAACUGUCCCAUCGACCAGCACCACCGCAACCAGUGCCAGUACUGCCGCCUCAAAAAGUGCCUCAAAGUGGGCAUGAGACGGGAAGCGGUGCAGAGGGGCAGGAUGCCGCCCACCCAGCCGACCCACGGGCAGUUCGCGCUGACCAACGGGGACCCCCUCAACUGCCACUCGUACCUGUCCGGAUAUAUUUCCCUGCUACUGCGCGCCGAGCCCUACCCCACGUCGCGCUUCGGCAGCCAGUGCAUGCAGCCCAACAACAUCAUGGGCAUCGAGAACAUUUGCGAACUGGCUGCGCGGAUGCUCUUCAGCGCCGUCGAGUGGGCCCGGAACAUCCCCUUCUUCCCCGACCUGCAGAUCACUGACCAGGUGGCCCUGCUUCGCCUCACCUGGAGCGAGCUGUUCGUGCUGAACGCGGCGCAGUGCUCCAUGCCCCUCCACGUCGCCCCGCUCCUGGCCGCUGCCGGCCUGCACGCCUCGCCCAUGUCCGCCGACCGGGUGGUCGCCUUUAUGGACCACAUACGGAUCUUCCAAGAGCAAGUGGAGAAGCUCAAGGCGCUGCACGUCGACUCGGCUGAGUACAGCUGCCUCAAGGCCAUAGUCCUGUUCACCUCAGAUGCCUGUGGUCUCUCUGAUGUAGCCCAUGUGGAAAGCUUGCAGGAAAAGUCCCAGUGUGCUUUGGAAGAAUACGUUAGGAGCCAGUACCCCAACCAGCCAACGCGAUUCGGAAAGCUUUUGCUUCGCCUCCCUUCCCUCCGCACCGUCUCCUCCUCAGUCAUAGAGCAAUUGUUUUUCGUCCGUUUGGUAGGUAAAACCCCCAUCGAAACCCUCAUCCGGGAUAUGUUACUGUCCGGCAGCAGUUUUAACUGGCCGUAUAUGGCAAUUCAAUAAAUAAAUAAAUCAAAAUAAGAAGGGGGAGUGAAGCAGAGAGAAAGAAAAGGCAAAAGACUGGUUUGUUUGCUUAAAUUCCUUCUGUUAAGAAAGGAUAUAAAAAGGAUGUUACAAGUUUGCUAAAAGAAGAGAGGGGAAGAAUUUAAUGGACUGUGAAUUUCAAAAAAAAAAAAAAAAAAAAAGACUGUCAAAUGAACUUUUACAGAAUGCAUUUAAAAAAAAAAGACUCCUGU